UCUUUGCAUUUAAACGUGUCGUAAAGUCUAAACAUCCCAUGAAAAUAUAUUACUCUAUGUUUCAAUUUGUGUUACAUUUUUCAUUUUUCGUGAGUCAAAUAGUUUAAGUUUGAUUAGAAAUUUAUGUUGAAAUUUUCAAUUUUUUCGAAAUGAAAUUUAUCUACUCCUUUGUAAGCUACGUAAAAAGUAUUAUAAAUCACAAUAUUUGAUAAUUUUAAAUAUUUAAAAGAUCUACGAAAAAUUUACGAUCAAUGAUAAACUCGUUUAAAUCUCGAGAUUCGAAAUGUGCCAUUUUAAAAUGAAAGGAAUGGAGUAUAAAAAUUAAGCAUAUAUAGAUCUUAUAAUAUAAAUAAGUCUCCCAUGCAUCAAAUAUUAGUUGUGAAACAAAUAAACAACCUCAAUUCUCUCAUAACACCGCACUAAAAAAAAACAUUACACUAUACAAAAACACUUAGAAAAAAAAACACAAAAAUUCCAAUGGAUUCUAUUGUUUCUGAGCUUGAAGGAGUUCUUUUGAAAAACCCUAAUCCCUUUUGUUACUUCAUGUUAUUAGCUUUCGAGGCAUCGAGUGUAAUUCGAUUUGCUUUUUUACUAAUGUUAUGGCCAAUAAUUCGAUUCCUCGAAUUUUUAGGGAGAGUGGAUUACGGAUUAAAACUUACUAUUUUCGUAGCCACGAUGGGGGUAAAAAUAUCCGAAAUUGAAUCAGUGUCUAGAGCUGUUUUACCUAAGUUUUAUUUUGAUGAUAUUAAUAUGGAAGCAUGGAGGAUAUUUAGUUUGUAUGAUAAAAAAGUUGUGGUGACUAAAAUUCCAAAGAUUAUGGUUGAGAGAUUUGUGAAAGUGCAUUUAAGAUGUGAUGAAGUUGUUGGUAGUGAACUUGUUAGUAAAUAUGGAUUUGCAAUUGGAUUAAUUAAGGAUGAUUUUGACAAGAUUAAAGAUGGGAUUAUUGAAUUAUUUGGUGAUAAACAACCAAGUUUAGGUCUUGGUAGACCAAAAUGUGGUUCUUCUUUCCUUUCUUUGUGCAAGGAACAAUUACAACCACCAUUCUUAAGAAGCAAAAAUCAAAACCAACAAAUUAUUAUCAAUCCAUUACCAGUAAUUUUCCAUGAUGGUAGACUUGUUAUUCGACCAACACCAUUUUUAGCCCUAAUAAUACUUUUAUGGAUUCCACUAGGUAUUAUUAUAGCUACAAUAAGAAUUAUAAUUGGCUUAAUAUUUCCAAUAUGGUCAAUUCCCUAUUUAACACCUUUAUUUGGUGGCAAAGUCAUAGUCAAAGGAAAUCCACCGUCAUCAUCAGCUAUCACGGUAACCAAUUCAGGCGUACUGUUCGUAUGCACUCACCGCACCCUUAUGGACCCCGUCGUCUUAUCGAUCGUACUCCAGCGUAAGAUUCCCGUUAUGACUUACUCAGUCUCUCGAUUGACCGAGGUCUUGUCCCCGAUACCGACUGUACGUUUGACGAGAGUUCGAAAUGUGGACGCAUGGAAAAUCAAAUGUCAUCUCGAAAAAGGAGAUUUGAUUAUGUGUCCAGAAGGGACAACAUGUAGGGAACCGUUUUUAUUGAGGUUCAGUGCACUUUUUGCAGAACUAACUAACAGUAUUGUUCCCGUGGCCCUGAAUUAUAAAGUAGGGUUUUUUCAUGGAACAACAGCUAGGGGAUGGAAAGCUAUGGAUCCAAUAUUUUUCUUGAUGAAUCCUAAACCAAUUUAUGAGGUGACAUUCUUGAAUAAAUUACCAGAAGAUGCCACGUGUUCAUCUGGGAAAAGUCCACAUGAUGUUGCAAAUUAUGUUCAAAGAAUUUUGGGUGAAACAUUAGGAUUUGAGUGUACAAAUUUUACAAGAAAAGAUAAGUAUAAAAUUCUUGCUGGUAAUGAUGGAAUUGAAUUAACAAAAAAUACUAGCACUAAUUAUGGGAUUAAGAAGUUGAUUAACUUCUUCAUAAAUGUGGUAGGCACAAGAAAUAAGAUGAUUAUGAGGUACUUUAUUUAGGUUUAUUAUGUUUUUUUUUUUGUUGUACAAAUUGAAGGAGAGGUACUUUGCAUUUUUUUUAUGUUCUUUUAAUUUAUUUUUUUUAAGGAAAUGUUGAAUGAAAUAUUGGAUUAUAAUUGCCUUAUAUAUGACUAGGGUGUGUAAUUUUAUUUAUUUUUACUAUUUUCAACCAGAGAUAUCUUGUUUUUUUUUUUUUGAUCAAUUGAUGCUGUUAUUUUCAUUAACUGUUUUUUUAUUUUUCUAUUUAAUUGUAUGAAUAAAAUUAUUGAUAUUGAUAAUAAGUAUUUUAUAUAUUUUGAGAUAAAAUAUUGAUAUUAAAUUAUUCUGAUAAUAAAAUAAUUAAAAUACUCUUAAGUUAUUUGUUACAACAAGUAUCUUAAGGAAUAGAACGAAUAACAAAUUAAUAUUUUGAGAAUUAAAUUAAAAUAUAUAUUAGAAGCAAAUUAAUAAGAAAGUUUUAAUCGAAUUAAAAAUGUUUUUUGAAACUAUCUAACAAAAUGACCCAUAAAAAUAUAAUUUUUUUUAAAGUAAAAUAUUACAAAAUCUCUAAGUCAAAGAAAUAAAUACGGUAUAUAUAGAUUUGGGUAAUUAUGUCGGAAUCGGACCCUUUUGCACGCAAAAACGGUGUCGUUUCAUAUGCCAAACCCGAAAUUCAUAAACCAUUUUUUUUUUCAAUUUGAUGAACAUUUUAGCUUUGGCGUUCGAGUCCAGUUUCUGGAUCUUUCUAGAGUCGACUCGUUCGCUCAAAAUCAAUCAAAUUUGAUAAAUUUUGUAUUGUGUUUUGAUCAAUCGCCAUUAAUCAAAGCCUUUAAUUCAAGCUCUUCAGUGGGAUUUGGUUGCUGGACCUUGUAUCCUGUACAACUCCAAACAUGAGUUUUGUUUUCCGAGGCGCUAGAGCAGAUAUAGAACCUGGUUUUCCAGGAUUGAUCCCUGAGCGCCGUGCAGUGCGAGUCCAUGCUGGCCGUCCAGUUAAUACUAACUCACUAGCUUUUCUUGUCACAGUGCUCUUGCUGUUCAUGAUUCUGAAUUCUCAUCAAAUGUCACCAAACUUUCUGCUGUGGUUGGUGCUUGGUGUCUUCUUCAUGGCAACAACCCUAAGGAUGUAUGCAACGUGUCAGCAGCUUCAAGCCCAAGCACAAGCUCACGCUGUUGCUGCAAGUGGUGGCCUUCUUGGUCCUACAGAGUUGCGGCUGCAUAUGCCCCCAUCAAUAGCACUUGCAACCAGAGGACGGUUGCGAGGCCUCAGACUACAGCUUGCACUUCUUGAUAGAGAGUUUGAUGACUUAGGUGACAACGCAUGCAUCUCUGAUCUUGAGCAUUUUCUGGCCUUUUGAAAAUCCAGGAACCGUAACUUAUCUUGAAAUGAUCUUAAAAGGCGUGGGAAGUUUAUUGAUAUUUUUUGGUACUAGCAGAUUAUGAAACGUUGAGGGCACUGGAUUCUGAUGAUGCUCCUACAACCCCAUCAAUGACUGAGGAAGAGAUAAAUGCCCUUCCUGUUCACAAGUAUAAGGUUUCUGGACCACAAAGUGCUGGUACAUCAACACACCCAACAUCUUCUUCAGGGUCCACUGAGAAGAAGCAAGAACCUGCAAAUGCUGUAGGAGGUACAAAGAACUCAGAUGACGAACUAACUUGCAGUGUCUGCUUGGAGCAAGUCAGUGAUGGUGAACUCAUUCGUAGCUUGCCUUGCUUACAUCAGUUCCAUGCAAACUGUAUUGACCCAUGGCUACGGCAGCGGGGAACUUGCCCUGUCUGCAAAUUUAGGGCUGGGUCCAGGUGGGAUGAGAAUGAACAAGGCGGAGAAGAUGCUUAUGAUAUGGUGUAGUUUCAGCUUCGAUACACAGAUACGUAUAUAUAUACACAUCUAUAUAAACAAAUAUAUGCACCGCAGAAGCCUGUAUCGUCAAACGUCUGUUAUGGCACUCUGUAAUUGUGUAAACUAGCAGAAAUAUGUCACAUUGGUAAAUACUAGCUUAGUCUUAUAUCUUGUCAGGAUACCGAGGCGAGAUCCCUCAUUCGAGGUACACACAGCCAAUGAGCCUGAACAAUCGUUUCGUCGAAUGUGUCUGUUUGUUUCCUCCCAUCAUUGUGUUGUACUGGAAAAUUAUAUCUGGAAAUUUUAGCUGUCAA